AUGGGAGACUGGGGCUUUCUAUCCACGUUACUGGACAAGGUGCAGUCCCAUUCUACAGUCAUCGGUAAGAUCUGGAUGAGCGUCCUGUUUAUAUUCAGGAUCCUGGUUCUGGGAGCAGGAGCUGAGAGUGUAUGGGGAGAUGAACAGUCAAAUCUUGUGUGCAAUACAUUACAACCUGGUUGCGAGAAUGUCUGCUAUGACUGGAAAUUCCCUAUCUCUCACAUUCGCUUCUGGGUCAUGCAGAUCAUCUUUGUGUCCACGCCGACAUUACUGUACCUGGGCCAUGCUAUCCACGUCAUCCAUCAGGAGAACAAACUGAGAGAAAGAAUAAAACAACAGCACAGCAGCCAAAUCCUAAAAUCACCCAAAUACACAGAUGAACAGGGUCAUGUGAAGAUCAAGGGCAACCUGUUGGGCAGCUACCUUACCCAGCUCUUUUUCAAGAUCAUCUUAGAGCUUGCUUUCAUCAUUGGACAGUACUACCUGUAUGGCUUCAUCAUGGUCCCUGAGUUUGCUUGCACUAAAUAUCCGUGUCCUCACACCGUUGAGUGCUUCAUGUCACGUCCAACAGAAAAGACCAUCUUCAUCAUCUUCAUGCUGGCUGUGGCAUGUGUGUCCCUGCUACUCAACGUGAUCGAGGUCUUUUACCUGGUGUGCAGCAAAGUUGGAUGUCGCUCUCGGAAGAGGCACAUGAAGAACACCACUUCUGCUGAAAAUCCUGCCAGUUUGUCCUCAUCCUGGAAGCCUAAACUGGGAACUGAAGAUCCUCUCAAGCAAAACAAGAUGAAUAUGGAGUUUGAGAAUCACAUCAAGAGCACGAGUGGUGCCAAAGAGGACAAACAACUGUUAGAGGAUCAAUAG